GCUUGCGAAGCGGGGCGGGGGGAGCAGCGCGGGGCGAGUGCGCAUGUGCACAUCUCCAUGGAGAGAAAAGGGGGCAAGAGCGCAAGAGGGAGAAAGGGGGACACGCAGGGCUUGGAAACCGAGGCUUUGAAGUGAGACGCACGGGGGAAAUCCACGACCUGCUCUUCUGAUGCAUAACGGAGCAAGGAGAUGAAGGGACAGCAGAAAGCAGCUGAGACUGAAGAGGGCACUGUGCAGAUCCAGGAAGGUGCAGUGGCCACAGGCGAGGAUCCCACCAGUGUGGCCAUUGCCAGCAUCCAGUCUGCAGCCACCUUCCCCGACCCCAACAUCAAGUACGUCUUCCGCACCGAGAAUGGUGGGACUCAGGUGAUGUACAGGGUGAUACAGGUGGCCGAGGGGCAGCUGGAUGGGCAGACCGAAGGCACCGGUGCCAUCAGUGGCUACCCAGCAACACAGUCGAUGACACAGGCUGUUAUUCAGGGCGCGUUUACCAGCGAGGAUGCCGUCGAGACUGAAGCCACAGGCACAGAGACCCACUACACGUACUUCCCCACCACGGCUGUGGCUGACACCAGCACUUCUGCUGGUGCGGGGACGACAGCCACAGCCGUGGUGACCACCCAGAACUCAGAGGCCCUCCUGGGGCAGGCCACACCCACUGGUACAGGGCAGUUCUUUGUGAUGAUGUCGCCACAGGAGGUUCUACAGAGCGGGGCUCAGAGGUCCAUCGCGCCCAGGACCCACCCGUAUUCCCCGAAGUCAGAGACACCCCGGACGACCCGGGAUGAGAAGCGCCGAGCACAACACAACGAAGUGGAGCGCCGGCGCAGGGACAAGAUCAACAACUGGAUAGUGCAGCUGUCCAAGAUCAUCCCCGACUGCUCCAUGGAGAACACCAAGUCGGGACAGCCCCCCGCAUCUCUCUCUUCCCAGAGCAAGGGUGGGAUCCUGUCCAAAGCCUGCGACUACAUCCAGGAGCUGCGACAGAGCAACCACCGCCUCUCUGAGGAACUGCAGGGCCUUGACCAGCUCCAGAUGGACAAUGAGGUCUUGCGGCAGCAGGUGGAAGAUCUCAAGAACAAGAACCUCAUCCUGCGUGCGCAGCUGCGCCAGCACGGGGUGGAGAUCAUCAUCAAGAACGACACCCACUGACUGGCAUGGGGGCGGGGGUGAGGGCCAGGGCGGCACUGGCUCGGGAACCUGGGGGCUGCUGGGCCCAUGGUCCUCCUGUCCUGCCCAUGGGCCCACCCGCCCGAGGCAGCUCCCUCCUGCUGACGCUUCUGAAUCGCAGCCCCUCGCUCUUGUACAGCCCCGAGCGAGGCUGGCUCAGGGUCUGGAGGUUGACCCAGUCCCCAGUGCCACCUCCCCCAGUGCUCCCUGCCAGCCCGGGCUUGAGUCCACUUGCUCUCCGGAGCUGCCCGAAUAAAGAAGCUGGCGUUGCUCCCAGAAGUGUUCUGAUUUGUGUAAGACAAGGAGCCCUCCCAGCCCACUUCCCUUCCUGUCUGGCUCCAUUGCCCUUGUGCCUACGUGUGGCACUCACUUGUGCAGACGUCGGCUCACAGGGGCGCAGCUGCCCCUUGGGCUGUGCACACUCACGGGUGCCUGUGCACCCCAGUAUUACACGUUCAGCACCUUGCACGCGCUUGUGCACGUGGUCUCAGCCUGGCACUGUAGCUCUCCCCCUGUGCACACAUGCCCACUUCCCCCUGCCCUCCCCAGCACCUGCUGUCAUGGCCCAAGCUCAUGGUCACGUAUGCAGCCUGAUGCUGCCCUUCAGGCUUGUUAUCACCCUGGGAUGGCUGGAUCCUCUGGGCCCAGCUCCUUCUUCCUGCCACCCCCCACCUAGGGAGCUAGCCAGCUGCUUGGGCACGGCAGCUGGUCUCCUUCACCCCCCAUCUCUCACCAUCACCCGUGGGUUGUGAGCCUGACUUGGCACCGUCACACCCGUGGCCUGUGUGCCUGCUGCCCUGCCCAGCCUCCACUCACCAAGCAGGGAGAUGGUGGGCAACAGCAUGGGCAUCACCCUCCCCCACCCCCAGGCUGGUACCGCCUGGCUCUGCAGCCAUCAGACUUUUUUUAAUUCUCCGAAUUGAAGCAGCAGAAUCAAUAAAGCUAGUGAUUUUGGGUUUUUCCA